CUUUUAUAAGUUUCAGAAGUUAAAGGGCAUUGAAGUAAGUCCAGCUAGAAUGUAUAUUAUAUUUUGCUGUGAAGAAACUGAGGCAGUCAUGUGGGAAGAAAACAGGAGAAUCCUAUAGAUUUGAGAGCUUCAUAUCCUCCUUUUAUAUUAAACAGCCUCUCACAGCCUUUGCAGAGAGUUCAUAGAAGAAGAAAAGAGAAGAAGAAGAAGAGAGCAGUUGAUAAGAAAAAUAAUAGCUCAAAGAUUAUCUUUUUUUUUAAAAAAGAAAAUUAAAAAGAAAAGAUAGAGAGAAGAUAUUAACACCAUGGUUUCUAGAGAGACCAAGAGAGCAGCUCUGCAUGAGAGGCUCCAACUUCUUCGUUCCAUCACCAAUUCUCAUGCUUUGAACAAAACAUCAAUAAUAGUUGAUGCAACAAAGUACAUUGAAGGGCUAAAACACAAGGUAGAAAGACUGAAUCAAGAUAUAGCAGCUGCACAAACUUCGAGUCGCCAAACUCCAUUGCCAAUGGUUACAGUGGAAACCCUAGAAAAGGGUUUUCUAAUAAAUGCAUUCUUGGAUAGGAGUUGCCCUGGCUUGCUUGUCUCCAUAUUAGAAGCAUUUGAAGAACUGGGUCUGAUUGUUCAAGAAGCUAGGGUUUCUUGUACUGACAGUUUUCGAUUGCAAGCUGUUGGUGGACAGAAUGAAGAACAAGUAGAAAUCAUUGAUGCUCAGAUGGUGAAACAAGCAGUCUUAGAGGCUAUCAAGAACUGGAGUGAGAAUAGUACUGAUGAACAAGAUUAAUAUCAGAUUAAUCUUGUUUUAUUAAUUAUAAAUAUCCUCGUUAUUUUGAUUAAUUAAUUUCUUGUUUCUAGCUAGAUAUAAUUAACUACGGUUGCCAAUGCUGUUAAUCAAGAAUUCAAGUUAAUUAUUACAAUUCGAGAAGGCCAGUUAAUUAUCAUUUUACUGAAAGUGAAAUGAUUUAAUUAAUUAAGAGUAGAAGAAUUUCCACUGUGAAAAGCA